UGCCUUCAUUGAAAAUCCGUGUUAGGAACUUUAAUGUUGUGCACUUGAUGGCAGAGCGCUAAUUCAAACGAGCGCUGUGUUUUUAUUCUUCACGAAAUCGUAUAUGAACUCAUAGGUACAAUCCAUCACGCUUUAGUUCUGGAACGUGUGCGCUCUCUAGUAUUCCCCAUUAAUAAAAAAUACCGUUUUUUUUUUCUUUCUCGGCGGCAGGAGGAAUAUGUAGGCUACAUCAGAUCGAAGACAGACUCCGAGAAAGAGAAAAACGUUGUACCCGGUUUUUUUUUUUUUUUUUUUUUUUUUUUUUUUUUUAUAUUCAGGAUUUCCUAUUCCAGUCCGGGAUUUGUUCUUUCCAGUACAAUGGUUUUAUUGGAGACGUAUCACCAGAUUGCUUCAUGUUGAACUUUUGCACGCUUUUAAUUUAGAGGGAAAGGGGAAAAAAAACAUUUUUUGUCGAUACAGAUAUAAUACAAGGAAAAAAUGCCGGACCAGAUUACAGUGUCGGAAUUCGUGUCCGAAACGAAUGAAGAUUACAAAGCACCCACCGCCUCUAACUUCACCACCAGAAUGUCUCAAUGCAGGAAUACCGUGUCCGCUCUGGAGGAGCACACAGGCUCCCGAGGAAAGACAGACAGUCGCUUUGCUUUUCUUGAGGCGCUAGAUGUUGACAGAGGUGUCCUGUACAAAAUGAAGAAGUCCGUCAAAGCAAUUUACACGUCUGGCAUGGCACAUGUGGAGAAUGAAGAGCAGUACACCCAGGCGCUGGAGAAGUUUGGAGAUAACUGUGUCUUCAGAGAUGACCCAGAUUUAGGAUCAGCUUUCCUCAAGUUCUCUGUGUUUACAAAGGAGUUGACUGCACUUUUCAAAAACUUGUUUCAAAACAUGAACAAUAUCAUCACUUUCCCACUUGAUAGUCUGCUAAAGGGAGACCUGAAAGGGGUUAAAGGGGAUCUGAAGAAGCCUUUCGACAAGGCCUGGAAAGACUAUGAAACUAAAGUUACGAAAAUAGAGAAAGAGAAAAAAGAGCUUGCAAAACAGCACGGGAUGAUCCGGACAGAAAUCAGCGGGGCAGAGAUAGCAGAAGAAAUGGAAAAAGAAAGACGGUUCUUUCAGUUACAGAUGUGCGAGUAUCUUCUCAAAGUCAAUGAAAUCAAGGUGAAGAAGGGAGUCGAUUUGCUUCAGAAUCUCAUCAAAUACUUCCAUGCCCAGUGCAAUUUCUUUCAGGAUGGAUUAAAAGCUGUUGAAAGUCUUAAACCUUCAAUCGAAAAACUUGCAACAGAUUUGCACACGAUCAAACAAGUACAGGAUGAAGAGAGGAAACAGCUCACUCAGCUGAGAGACGUGUUAAAAUCGGCUCUACAGGGGGAUCAGAAAGAGGAUUCUCAAGUUCGUCAGAGCGCUGCCUAUAGUUUACACCAGCCUCAGGGAAACAAAGAGCACGGUACUGAGAGAAGUGGAAACCUCUACAAAAAAAGUGACGGGUGA